CAUGAGAUUGAGAAAGAGGAUGGCGAUGAUGAUAACAGGAGCAAGAAGAAACAGAAGAAGGAUAACAAUACAGUCACAAAGAUAAAGGAGGAGAAGAAAGAGAUCACACCCAAAGUGAAGAUCGAGAAAACCGAUGAUGAUGAAGAAGAUGAGGAUGAUGAGAAUGAGGAGCAGGAGGAUGACUAUGUCGAAGAGGGAGAAGACGAAGAAGAUGAUCAAGAUGAGGAAGAUGGAGUCGACUUGUUCUCAAAGGAGAAGAAAUAUGUGCCACCAUCAGUCGAUGAUGAUGACGAGGAAGACGAACAUGAAGACGACAAUGAGGACGAGGACGACGACGAAGACAAAGACACAGAGACCAAGAACAAGAACAAGAGCAAGAGUGAUACACCAAAGAGAGUCAAGGCAAGCGAGUUGCGAGGAGUGUCAAUACGGAGUAGGAUGAGGAUUAGAGCAAAGGGAACGGAUGUCCCAGACCCCAUCGAGCAGUUCAAGGAGUUGGACAGCCGCUUCAAGAUUAGACGUUAUCUCGCAAAGAAUAUCGCGGCCAUGAAAUACAGCUCACCAUCACCAAUCCAAAUGCAAGCCAUACCGACAAUGAUGAGCGAUCGCGAGGUGAUUGCAUGCGCACCAACUGGUUCUGGAAAGACCGCUGCUUUCACCAUCCCCAUCCUGCACGCCCUCAACCGACCACAGAAAGAGGGAUUCCGCGCCGUCAUCAUCUCGCCUACUCGUGAGCUGGCGCAACAAAUCUACCGCCAGUUCCGUCUCCUCUCCAAAGGCAAGCCCUUCCGCAUCUGUGUCCUUUCCAAGAGUCUCCAGAGCCAUUCCUCAUCCGUGUCCUAUUCCCAGAACUUUGAUAUAUUGAUCACAACACCAUUGCGUCUGGUCAAUUUGAUCCAGGAGCGCACGAUCAGUUUGAACAAGGUGGAGCAUUUGGUGUUUGAUGAGGCUGAUAGAUUGUUUGAUCAACAGUUCGUUGAGCAGGUUGAUGACGUUGUGGCUGCAUGCCAGAAUGCCAAACUCAAGAUAUCACUAUUCAGUGCCACCAUGAACAUCGUGGUCGAGGAGAUGGCAAGAUCAAUCAUGAAGAACCCAAUCAAGAUUGUCAUUGGCGAAGAGAACUCAGCAUCAACUAAUGUUGAUCAGAAACUUAUAUUCGUUGGAAAGGAGGAAGGCAAGUUGUUGGCAUUUAGACAGCUGAUACAGAAGGGUCUGGAACCACCUGUAUUGAUAUUCGUCCAGUCAAAGGAGCGUGCUCAAGAGUUGUUCCAAGAGUUGAUCUUUGAUAACAUCAACGUGGACGUUAUACAUUCGGACAGGACACAAUUCCAGCGAGACAAGAUCGUCGAGAAGUUCAGAUCCGGUCAGAUAUGGGUGCUGAUCUGUACCGAUCUGAUGGCUCGUGGUAUGGACUUUAAGGGCGUCAACUUUGUCGUCAACUUUGAUUUCCCCAAGAACAUUGCCAGUUAUGUACAUCGUAUUGGACGUACUGGACGUGCUGGAAGGACUGGUGUUGCCUACACCUUCUACACCGAGGCCGAUGCACCAAUGAUCCCAACAAUCUCCAACGUCAUGAGGAACUCUGGUUCAGAAGUACCAGACUGGAUGAAGACUGUUCAUGUUAGAGGUGUUCAUUAUGAUAGGAAACCAGCAGCAGCAACAGAAGUGGCAACAGAUGGAAACACAGAAGUGAAUGGAGAUUCUACUGCUGUAGUGUCAUCGACUGGAAAUGGAAAGCUUCCUCAUAUCAAGUAUAACAACAACAACAACAAGUAUAGCAACAACAACAACAAUAACAACAACAAGAACAAGAAAAAAGGACUAACAUCAAAUGGAUCGACAAAGAACAAAUCAGAUAAUAAUAAGAGAAAGUGGAAC